CACAAAACACAAAGAUGAAUGAAUCAGAAGAGAUGGCCACCUCCAGCAAAUCUCAAAGAUGCCACAUGGAGAGGAAGAUGAGUGCCAUGACUUGUACAAUAUUUAAUGAGUUACGCUUGGAGGGAAAACUCUGUGAUGUUGUCAUCAGAGUUGAUGGCAUCGAGUUCAACGCCCAUAAGAACAUCCUCUGUGGAUGCAGCUCAUACUUCCGAGCUCUAUUCACAAGUGGCUGGAACAACGUUGAGAAACGCAUCUACACCAUCCCAGGAGUGAGUCCUGACAUGAUGCGUCUGAUCAUUGAGUACGCCUAUACGCGCACUGUGCCGGUCAGUACGGAAAACGUGGAGGCUCUGCUAGCCGCUGCCGACCAGUUCUGCGUUCUAGGAAUAGUGAGAGCCUGCUGUGACUACCUGGAUGGCCAGCUCUGUCUGCAGAACUGCAUCGGCAUCUGCAAGUUCGCCGACUUCUACUUCUGCCCUGAACUGCGGCGCCGGGCCUACCUCUUCAUACUACACCAUUUCGAGGAGAUGGUGCGUUCCUCAGAGGAGUUCAUGGAGCUCUCCCUGGCACAGUUCUGUGACAUCAUUGAGAAGGACGACCUGAACGUGAAGCAGGAGGACGUCGUGUUUGAGGCAAUCCUCCGCUGGAUCAACCACUCACCCCACGACCGCAAGGCCCACGUCGCUGUGCUGCUACCCAAGGUACGCCUGGCUUUGAUGACAGCCGACUACUUCAUGAACAAUGUGAAGAACAAUCCCCUGGUGAAAGAGAAUGACGACUGCAAAUCCAUCAUAAUCAAAGCCCUGAAGGCCAUGUACGACCUGAACAUGAACGGGCCCUCCAACUCGGACUUUCGCAACCACCUGACCCGCCCCCGCUUGCCCUAUGCCAUCCUGUUGGCCAUCGGCGGCUGGAGUGGAGGCAGCCCCACCAAUGCCAUUGAGGCGUACGACGUGCGGGCUGACCGGUGGGUGAACGUGACCCGUGAGGAGGAGAGCCCGCGAGCCUAUCACGGAGCCGCUUACCUCAGCGGCUUUGUCUACUGCGUGGGUGGCUUCGACAGCAUCGACUACUUCAACAGCGUGCGCAAGUUUGACCCCGUCACGCGCACCUGGCACCAGGUGGCCCCCAUGCACUCGCGGCGCUGCUACGUCAGUGUGGCGGUGCUGGACGGCUGCAUCUACGCCAUGGGCGGCUUUGAUGGGUACCUCCGCCUGAACACGGCCGAGCGCUACAAGCCCGAAACUAACCAGUGGACCCUGAUUGCAACCAUGCACGAGCAGAGGAGUGACGCGAGUGCCACCACAUUACACGGCCAGGUGUACAUCUGCGGGGGCUUCAACGGGAACGAGUGUCUGUUCACGGCGGAGACCUACAGCCCCCAGACCAACCAGUGGACACUGAUCGCCCCGAUGAGGAGCAGGCGCAGUGGGGUCGGUGUCAUCACAUACGCAGAGAAAGUCUAUGCGGUGGGAGGCUUCGACGGGGCCAACCGCCUUCGCAACGGAGAGGCCUACAACCCGCUGACCAACUCGUGGCACACAGUGCCCACCAUGUUCAACCCGCGCAGCAACUUCGGUAUCGAGGUGGUGGACGACCUCCUCUUCGUGGUGGGCGGCUUCAACGGCUUCACGACUACCUUCAACGCGGAGUGCUACGACGAGAAGACCGACGAGUGGUACGACGCACACGACAUGGGCAUCUUCCGGAGUGCCCUCAGCUGCUGUGUGGUGCACGGCCUGCCAAACGUCACCCAGUAUGCUGCGCCCCGCGACUCUCUGCAGAACCCCCGCGAAGAGCUGAAGCUCUCCACCUCCAACAGCAUCCUCCACACAUAACUCUGCCUGUCCCAAUUACAUCCAAACCCCCCCAUUCCUCCCCCCUUGCCACCAUCCCCUCCGUGGCACCUGAAAUUACCUUGAACACUGUAUUCCAGUUAGGAAAAACCAUUCACUGAACAC